AUAGAGAUGAGAUGACUAAGAUCAAAGAUAAAUACGUUCCUGGGCUUGAAUUACUCUAUCUUCAGGAAUACGACUCAACGAAAUCUACUGGUUCCUCCAGUAAGGAGGUUGGCAUGUUGUAUAAGCUAGAGUAUGGUGAAGUAGGUGCAAGGGUUGUUUGCAAAUCCAACCCUAUUGCCCACUUAACCGGUACUUUAAGACUUUUCAACAGCCGCCUAACUGGUUACGAACUCACCUCCGUGGGACUUGUUGAUGUCAACAGACGCAGGCUUUAUAAGUGGAAUAUUGGGCUCACCAUCAUUGCAGGAAACUUGUCAGGGCAACUGAAACUGCAUGCUAAUGAAAUCGUGGUUUCAACCCGGCAUCGGAUUCACCCAAGAUUUGUGUCUCUCACCGAGAACAGGUUACCGUAUAGAGAGCGCCAACACAAACACAAGAGGUCCACUCUGGCUAUGGGAUUCGAAUUCGAGCUUAGCUCUAGGUUAGCUCUUGAAGUGAUGGUUUCUCAUUUUCAACCUCCCACUUUUGCACUCCAAUACCACUGUUCGAAUCCUCAAUGUGUCGUUAGAGUUUCGAGUGAUGUCUACUCCAACAGAACUGGUGUUUCCAUUGCAUUCCAUCCUUCUUCUUUCUUUUCUUCUAGUCCAUAACCAAUAGUUAGUUAUUCUCGCAUGCCUUUAUUGGGUCCAUAUAUUCUGGUGUCCUAGGCGUAGAGGAACAACACCAAAAUCCAUCCCCAACUUGGUGCUCAAUUAACACUCAUAUUAAGGUUUUUGUUUGUUGUCUUCCUAGUAAUCUAACUGAUUUGCAUCUUUGGUUGUUUCUUCCUGUUGCUUUUAACCUUAUUGUAUGUUCCAGAGACAUGAA